AUGCGCAAAACAUCCUACGGCGUUACUGCUGUCUUUUGUGCCAUCGUGCUUAUUCUCAAUAUUCUAGCCUCAACACGAACUGACUGGCUCGUCUACAAGACCCCCGAAAUUCUUCACACCAAAAUUACCGUUCGUUAUGGCCUCAGCAAGCUUUGCGAGACCAAAGUCAUCAGUCUCCCUGACUCGGACACAGACCGUAAAUACACUGAGAAGAGCUGCCGCCGUUUCCCUCUCAUCAAGACCGAUGAAUGUCAAAGUGGGAACGAAACAUUCUGUGCGUCCUGGACGAGUGCUGGGUACGCCGUGGAGCUUGGCAUAGGCUUCUCUGCGCUCUCACUCGUGGCGAUCAUGUUUGGAGUUAGCACGCAUUCGAGGAGAAGGCGGAUUUGGCGGGCUGUUGCGGGGUUGGUGGCACUUCAAGCUGUGUUUCAGCUCGUCGCAUUCGUACUCGUUACGGAGAUGUAUAGGACUGGUAGAUAUCCCACCUUUGACCAGGCGAAGCCUGGAACCGCAUAUGUGGUUAACACUAUCUCGUGGAUUGCCAGCGUCCUCAUUGUUAUCGGUGUGGUAACCACUGGUAUCUCUGCUGAUAAAGGUCACCGAUGGGCGGCUGGGAACAGAUCCUACCGUCCUUUACCCAGUUAGCUUGAGCUCCGACUUGUAUUAUUUUUCCUUUUUUUCGAAAUUACGUUUGGUGGUAUACACACGCAUAUAUAGUCUAGGCAUACCUUCUACAAUGAUUCCUCGGUGUCAUUUACAUACUCGAAGAAAUGAACCAGCGUUUCGCGUCGGUCUGC